CGUUUUUGGCAGUUGUCUUUUUUGGAAUACUUCAGUUGUAAUAGACCACCAGAGCACAGCGCUGCGUCAACAUGCACCCUCUUCAUCUGCCACUCGUUGGUGCAUCUCUAAUCACCCUCGCUACCGCCCAAAGCACAGUCUCUCUGGCCAUCACCAGCAAACCGACCGCCGGGGCGUCCAAGAUUAUCAGUCCUUCUUUCGCCGGCUUCGGCAUCGAGUCCUCCAACCUCUACUCGUUCACGGGAGGAAGCUCGGAGAACCAGCUCACCCGAAACCUGCUGGAGAAUCUGGCAAACUACACGGGCACUCCGCCGCAUCUGCGUAUCGGAGGGAAUACACAAGACUACUUUAUCUACGACCAGUCUCAGAAUGACUAUGUCUGUAAACCCAACCCCAACCCCGUUGGCCAGGGCGCAUAUCCCCCCGACAUGUACAUCAUCGGGCCACGGUACUUCGAGGUCAUCAACCGAUUUCCCAGCAAUACCCCCAUCACUUUUGGCUUGAAUCUGGCCUAUGAGGAGUCGGACUAUAUUGACCAGAUAACAACCAUGGCCUCGGAAGCCAUCAAAGGACUGAAUCAGGUCAACUUGGUCUCGUUUGAAAUUGGCAACGAGCCUGAUCUGUACCUCCAGAACGGCUUCCGAACGGGCAACUGGGGCGGUCAAGUCUAUACCCAGCAGUGGUUGGACCGAGCAAGUGCCAUCUGGGAGCAAGUACUCAAGCCGAACAAUCUUCCAAGUAGUUUCUUCGAGCCGGGGACCACGGCCUCGACCAUUGGCACUUCCUUCAUGAUUGAGGACCUGGAUCAAUUUGGAAUCACCGUCCAAGCCAACAACUCAAACAAGCCGUACGUCGCCAGCUGGAACCAGCACGACUACUACUAUUAUAUUGGCGUGUCGACCUAUCCACUGACGCAGGACAAAUUCAUGACGCUUUCUACCACCAAUGAUCAAUUUGCUGCCUGGGUCUCUCAAAUAAAACAAGCCUUUGACACAGACUACCCAUAUGCUCUACGUGAGAUGGGUGUCGUUGGUCCCAUUGGAAUGGACGGCAUCACGAACACCUUUGGAGCCUCGCUCUGGACGUUGAAUUUCCUUCUAUAUGCAGCCACCCUGAACAUCUCUUCAGUCCAGCUGCACAUGACCGAUAAUAGUAAUGCCAGCGCCUGGCAACCGAUUGAGUUUUACGGGAACCAACCGUUUGUGCGACCUAAUUACUAUGGCGUUGCCGCUUUCGAUCUGGCCAUUGGACCUGGCUGCCAGGCCCAGGUGGGUGGCUAUAUCUUUAAUGAUGCUCCUGCAGAGUAUGAAGGUCGGAUAGCUGCAUAUUCCAUCUACCAAGACAGCACCCUGGCGACGAUUGUUUUGAUCAAUUCCAAUCCUGCCAAUGUCUCAGCAACCAACAAGCCGACCUUGACUGUUGAGCUAUCGCUUCCAACCGAAUUUGCUGGCAAGGACCUUUACCUAUCUUAUCUCACCAAUGAUGGUGCUGACGCAAAGCACGGCACCACAUUUGGUGGCGUCAGCUACGAACAGAAUGGUGAUGGCACGCCUUCUCGCGUCAAUGACACGGUCUCUAAAGUCACCAUUGGGAAAGACGGCAGUGUGUCGGUGCCCGUUCGCGAUACACAAGCCGUGGUAGCCAAUAUUGGAUCGGCACUGGCUCAGCGGAGUUCUAGUGGAAGUGCUUGCGCCGCUCUUGCGUCCAGCUCUCCAGAUGCGAGUCCUGUCACAGGCGCAGUGGGAACCAGUACAGCAUACAGCACCUCGUCAUCAUCUACUCAUACUAAUGCCGCAUCUCGAACCGGUGGCAGCGCACGAGCAAGCAACACUAACGGUGUUGGUGGACUGUCCACCAUGACUUUUGGAAUGACUGCGUCAGCAUUUUUCAGCGGAGUUUAUUUGCUUCUGAUAUAAAGCUGGGUCGAAGUUCUCAGAAGCUUGAACAUCUGAUAGACGUUUGUUUUACGACCUUGGUUGUCUCAGGAUCAUGACAGCAGAAUGGUGCUUUUUGUUUGAUUUGGAGUUGGAACGAGGUACCUUGAAUACUGAUGAAGUUUGGUCUGUCAUGCAAACAAUGCCAAUUGAAGUGAUUGUCGCAGCAGAGGAACAACUGGAAACUUAUUGAAGAUGAAGAUGCAGUUAUUUGGGGGCAUCGCAUUAGACUUAUCUAGACUGUGCAUAGCUACUU